ACCAUCUAGUGAUAAUUUACUAAAACAGAGGAACAAUGGCUAACAACGUCAACACAGGAAUUGUACCAGAGACUACACAAUCAAAAAUACUUCAGUAAUUAAAACAAAAUACUGAACUACUCCAUUUUCAAUAAUAAAAGAUGCCUCCAAAACCUAGAACGAAUGCUAAGAAGCCGACAGCAAAUAAAAAAAACGCAGAACCACCAAAACUGACAGAUUCAGCUAGUGUUGGCGUAGAAACUAAUAGUGGUUUGAGCCAGGAAGCUGAAGAUCAAUUUGAAGUAGAAUUAUGCUGGUGUAUUCAACAGUUAGAAAUGUGUUUGGGCACUGGAAAGCUUCCUGAGAGGCAGGCACACGACUUAAAUAAAAAUAUAAAUAUUCUAAAAAGUAAUACUGCAUCUCUGAUAAGAAAGAGGCAAAUAAUGCGUAACACUUUAGGGAAUUACAGAGAAAAAAUGGCUUUGGAUGAGCAAAAGUUUGGCAAAACAGCAUCUUCUAUCAAGUUUAUGCCUCCGCCCAGUGAGAAUAGGAAAUAUGUAUUUGUAAGGAAGGCUGCUUCUGCAUCUACAAAGGAAAAACAGACCGUGACACAUUCUUCGAACUCUAGUGAAAAAUGUAUCGAUAUUGACAACGUACAAAAUGUAUUUCGAUUUAAUUUUGAGAUUAAAGAAUAAAAUACGCAUUUGUAUAUUUA